GCGGCGGCGGCGGCGGCGGCGGCGGCGGCAGCGGCGAGAGAAGAGGGGAGGACGGGGGCGGCGUCGGACUGGAGCCGAGCGGCGGCGCGAGCUGCCCGGGGCGCUGUCGUGAGCUCGCCCGCCGGGCCUCCACCCCCGAGCUACACCCUGCCGUGCCCAGCUCUGCCCGCGUCCGUGCCCCCGCGGGGAGCGCGCCGGGGCUGCCCCCCGAAUGACGGGCGGAAGGUUCGACUUCGACGAUGGCGGCACCUACUGCGGCGGCUGGGAGGAGGGCAAGGCGCACGGGCAUGGCAUCUGCACGGGGCCCAAGGGCCAGGGCGAGUACUCGGGCUCCUGGUCGCACGGCUUCGAGGUGGUCGGAGGCUACACCUGGCCCAGCGGCAACACCUACCAGGGCUACUGGGCGCAGGGCAAGCGGCACGGGCUGGGGGUGGAGACGAAGGGCAAGUGGAUGUACCGGGGGGAGUGGUCACAUGGCUUCAAGGGGCGCUACGGGGUUCGGCAGAGCCUGUGCACCCCCGCUCGCUACGAGGGUACCUGGAGUAACGGGCUGCAGGACGGGUACGGCGUGGAGACCUACGGGGACGGAGGUACCUACCAGGGCCAGUGGGCCGGCGGCAUGCGACACGGCUACGGCGUGCGCCAGAGCGUGCCCUACGGCAUGGCCACGGUGAUCCGCUCGCCGCUGCGCACGUCGCUGGCCUCGCUGCGCAGCGAGCAGAGCAACGGCAGCGUGCUCCACGACGCCGCGGCAGCCGCCGACAGCCCGGCCGGCAGCCGCGGGGGCUUCGUGCUCAACUUCCAUGCAGACGCCGAGCUCGCGGGCAAGAAGAAGGGCGGCCUCUUCCGCCGCGGCUCCCUCUUGGGAAGCAUGAAACUGCGCAAGUCCGAAUCCAAGUCCUCCAUCUCCAGCAAGCGCAGCUCGGUCCGCAGCGACGCGGCCAUGAGCCGAAUCAGCUCCAGCGAUGCCAACUCCACCAUCAGCUUCGGCGACGUAGAUUGUGAUUUCUGCCCGGUGGAAGACCACGUGGACGCCACCACCACGGAAACCUACAUGGGCGAGUGGAAGAAUGACAAGCGCACCGGCUUCGGCAUCAGCGAGCGCUCCAACGGCAUGAAGUAUGAAGGCGAGUGGGCAAAUAACAAGAGGCACGGGUAUGGCUGCACCGUGUUUCCCGACGGCUCUAAGGAAGAGGGAAAAUACAAAAAUAAUAUUCUGGUCCGUGGAAUAAGGAAGCAGCUUAUACCAAUAAGAAAUACAAAAACUAGGGAGAAGGUGGACAGAGCGAUCGAAGGCGCGCAAAGGGCAGCCGCCAUGGCGAGAACCAAAGUGGAAAUAGCAAAUUCAAGGACCGCGCACGCAAGAGCCAAAGCUGACGCCGCCGACCAGGCUGCUCUGGCCGCCCGCCAGGAGUGUGACAUCGCGAGAGCUGUGGCCAGAGAGCUGUCACCUGACUUCUACCAGCCAGGUCCAGAUUAUGUCAAACAGAGAUUUCAGGAAGGUGUAGAUACUAAAGAGAAUCCAGAAGAAAAGGUCCCAGAAAAGCCACCUACACCAAAGGAAUCUCCUCAUUUUUAUCGCAAAGGCACGACACCCCCAGCGUCUCCCGAGGCAAGUCCCAAACAAGGCGGCUCUCCCUCCCCAAAGCCCGUGAAGAAGCAGAAUCCCAGCUCAGGGGCCAGACUCAACCAAGACAAAAGGAGUGCAGCCGAGGAGCAGGUGACGGCCACCGUCAAUAAGCCCUUGACCUCCAAGGCUCCCACGAAGGAGGUGGGAGCGGCUGUGCCCCACUCCAGGUACUCUGGCCGUCACCACGUCCCUAACCCCAGUAACGGGGAGCUGCACUCUCAGUAUCACGGCUACUACGUGAAACUGAACGCCCCCCAGUACCCCCCGGAGGACGUGGAAGAAGAGGAAGGGCCAAGCCCGUCUUCCUCGGCGCUGGUGCACAAGCCAUCGCCCAACAGGUGGAGUCCCCCUAAAUCUAUGACAAAACCAGUUGCCAAAGAAAGCAAAGCUGAGCCAAAAGCUAAGAAGUCUGAACUUGCUAUACCAAAGAACCCAGCAAGCAACGAUUCGUGCCCUGCUUUGGAAAAAGAAGCCAAUUCGGGCCCUAAUUCAAUCAUGAUUGUCCUCGUCAUGCUGUUGAAUAUCGGGUUGGCCAUUCUUUUUGUUCACUUUCUAACUUGAUUGGAAUUAGGAAAAGCAGCCCCAUCCGGCGAAGUUCCUGGCAUUGGCUACUCCAUCUGUCCUAGCAGAGUGUGACUAAACUGGAAAUGUAUGGAGCUGCAUUUUUUUUUUUUUUUUUUUUUGAUGGAAGUCAACAGCUGCCUUACUAUUUUACCAUCUGACGAUUCUAGUAGGGAGCUGGGGAAACAAACGACUGCCCGAGGAAUGCGGUCGGAGGAUUGUGUUGCUGUGGCCAUGGUUCCAGCAUUCACUCCUGUCUCAUUAGAAGAAGUAGGUAGCCGCAUCACUCACCAGUCUUAUGCCAUGACCUGCUGCUUUCUCAUCUCCUGGAACGUCCCGGGAGAGAAGGUUUCGUUGGCUUGUGCACGAUUAUGUUCAUUUCUGCUGUUUAUUUAAAUCCAAUGUAUAGUCAUCUUCAACAUGCGGUCCCGGCUGGCUGAAGCGCACAUGUGUCGCAUCUCAAGGAAAAGAAACAACAGAAUGCUAGAGAAAAUGUGUUUAUUUUGAUAGCAAUACAUCAUUCUUCGUGUCGUUUAGUCUUCCUAAACCUGUAAAAGGCUAUUUAAAAGUUAGCAAUUUGAAAGGCAUUACACCUACCUAAAAAUAAUUUAACUUUAAACAUUUUUAACACUACUGAGAUGAAUUAUAUACGCACUUAGGAGGUGCUAAAUUUUAAAAGCUGAAACACGAGAGAAUUCUAAGAAGUAGAGUCAAAAUGUUGCAUGGAUUGCAGUAAUCGGUGUUUAAAGGAUUCAGUUUCAUUGCUGACGUACUUUGCCAACCAAAUAAAAUCUUGUCAGUAGCUAUGUUAAUUCCCAUGAAAGUUAAGCAAGAUGCUAUUAAUAACUGCUUUUUUUUUUUUUUCUCCCCAAACUUAAAUUUUUGUUGAAUACGUUCAGGUAGAGCAUAAAGCUUUGUUAAAAUCAGUGCUUCUCAAUUUUACGCCUUUCAUGUUUUUCAAAGUCCUUUUGUAAUUGUAUUUCACAUUUUAAAGGCUUAGACAAUUUUUAAGUAUCUGUCUUUUGCAGUCCUUUGUUAUUCUGACAUAAUCUGAUUUUUUUGCUGUUUUAUAAUUUAUUCUUUAUUACUCAGAAGCAUGCUUAUUUAGAGAAACUACGUGGUCUUUAUAAAAAUACUUAUUUAAAAAGAAAAUCAGGGGAGGUAAGUUAUCUGUCCAAUCUUGGUAAGACGUUACUGAGGAGAGGGAGCUCUUCCUAAACAUUUUCACCAUCUGCAUGGUUUAAUCAGAUUCUUUUUACCUUAUCUGCUACUGUUCCGACGCAGAAGAGACAAUUCCCGUAUUAGCACAGGUGUGGACUGAAUGCUUUGUCACCUGCAGGGCAGUAACGCAGUGGUGUUUUUUGCAGAAGUACAAUAUGUUGAGAAUCCUGGGUGUGACCAAUAUGGAAUAAAGAAGAAAGCAGAAAGAGAGCAAAUGAAAAUUACAACUUGUAUAUUUAUUUAUUUUUUACAUUUUGCUUUGACUUUUAAAUUUAGGAAGUAUACGUUUUUCCCCAAGAAACGUUUCAGUUCCUGUGUCAGUCUCAAUAUUCUCACUGCUCCUUCCUCACCCCAUCGCUCUUGAUGCUGGGAAAGCUGAUUUUUUAAAAAAAUUAAAUAAAAUAUUUAAUCUUAAGUGUUUAUUUCGAAUGUGUAAUGCUUUGGAAAAUAAUGGGUAACAGAUAAUAAAGGAUAUGUUUAUAAAGUGAGCAUGUUGGUUCCAUUUAUAAAUGUAUGUAUGAUUUAUAAGCUUUUUUAAAAACAAAGCUCAAAUUGUUGGUAUUUUUCUAAAAUGUGCACAGCUGUAUUUUACAUGAAAGGCUCUUUCUAAUGGGUUGUUAUACUGUACUCUACAUUUUGGACAGCACAUGAAGUCUGCCAAUGUACUUAAUAAAACAUGACUUUGUUUAUUUAAAGUUUCUUGCUGUGAAAAAGAACUCCCUACCUGCGAGUUCCGUUAUUUAUAAUCCUUGAAACCAAAAUGUAUAACGUACAGUUUUCACAACUGUAUCUGCUCUAAUAAAAAAAAAACGUUGGUUAUUAAUAAA